AUGUCGAACUCGUCCAAUUCACAUUUGAUGAAGACCACCAAAAGAGGUCGACCUUUUGUCAAGGAUACCCACGACCUCUUCUGUACCCUUGUCGUCUCACUUGAAUUCGAGACACACAGGAAUUUCUUCAAAUCGUAUCCCAACAGUUUCACUACAGAUGACGCCUGUUCCAACCUUUCCUCCCUCAAAUUCUCCCAGUCGCAACGUGCAGCUGAUCCAAAGGAUCCCACACGUAUCAUCACGACUACUACCACCACCACUUUUUCCAUGUCAAGGGAAAUGGCCAAAGCCAUAUGUCAACAUUUCAUGGAUUCCCACCUGAUUGAAAAUGCGACCGAUCUCGAUACCGUAUCAUUCAAGGAACGUGGGAUUUACAUGUUGACUGCCAAAGGAUUACAUAUCUUGGAAAGAUUCGUCACUAAAAAUGGUAUCUCGGCUGAUCACCUAAUCAAGAUCUUCGCGACUCAACCCAUCUGUAUGAAGUUGCUACACCUCGAAAGGCGGUCCGUGGACGACGAGUUUAUAAUUACACGAGGAGUGAUAGAGGUUCUCUUCAGAAGAUUCGCAGGAAAAGAACCCAACCUUACGAAAAUGUCUGAUGAUGAAAUUCAGGCCCACAGAAAUUCAAGAUUUUAUAUGAAAUCACCUCCUCUACCUCCUGGUGAAACCUUUGAAAGAUCCGAUGGAAUGAUAGUGAGAAAGAUAUCGAAUAUGAAUUUGAAAAAUGCAAGUGGAUCCAAUUCGGAUGAUUAUCAGUUUCCCGCUCAGAUGGCUGUCGAUUGGAUAUUAGACUAUACUUCGGCAACUGGAACAGACGAGGCUGCUGAGAUAUUAGGUCAAUUUGUCAGAUAUGGCUUCAUCACUUUGGUCAGUGAUAAGGGGAAAUCAAAAGAGAAUAGCUUGGUGGUUACUGUUAGACAGGGUGGUGCAGGAGGAGGAGCCGGUGCAGCUAUGCAAGAGGCAGAAUUCCGUGCAACUGAAAAAGCCAUUUACAAAUUCACCAAGGAAGGCAUCCAAGUUGCUAAAUGGUUCGAUUCCGGUAAACCCCAUUCUGACCCUAAUGCAUCAAGCUCGAAGCCCAACUUACAUGCUCAAGAGUCCACCAGUUCCUUGAACCAUAGUAACAGUAACACCAAAGGUAGAUCUUCUAGUGAAACACCUGCUCCAAGUCAGAUACAAAGGCGGAACUCUCUCUCGGAUAGGUUAAGAGCCGAUUUCGAUAUUUCCGGUGUACCAGGUGGAGAUAACCAUGUGAAAGAUUCACAUACGGCAAGACUCAAACAGAUCUUGGAAGAACCUGCCCUCCGAAGUUUGUUUAGAGAGUUCCUUAGGGCGAACUUCUGCGAAGAGAACUUGAGUUUCUGGUUGGACGUACAGGAUUUCAAAAGGAGGUUUCAAACUACUUCGUCGGCGAUAGCUACUCCAGGUUCGAAUAAGAAUAGUAAAACGACUGGUCAUGCGGCGAUGGAGAAACAUCAACAGGAUCUGAUAGCUAUGGCUUUCGUCAUUUAUAAUACCUACCUCGCACCUGCCUCACCAUGUGAACUGAAUAUCGAUCAUACUCUCAGAGCAGAGUUGAUCGGAUACAUGAAUCAGAUAACUGCAGAUAAAGAUGCAGGUGUUAAAGGUCGUAUAGAACCUGGUAUCGGAAAUACAUUACAUGCCAGUCAAUUGCAAACUAUGGUCAAAUUGUAUGAGAGGAUUCAAGUGUAUAUAUUCAGAUUGAUGGCAACUGAUUCAGUACCUAAAUUCUGCAAAACUGAACGUUUCCUAAACCUAAUGUCAACAUUCUUCGAAUGGACCGAGAAAGGUGAACCUACCAAUACGAGUUCCAACGGUUCUAAUCAGAAUCUGACCGGACUGGAAGGUAAAGCAGGUGGAUUAUCGAUAGAUUCAAAGAGAGCUAUGGCAUUGACAGUGGAAGAUCAUCAACCUUCACCAACUAGAGCUUAUCUGACUAUCUCUCAGGCUGCGAAUGAAAAACAAGCUGCGUUGUUGAAAGCCCAACAACAAGGUCAUUAA